UUUAUUUCUCAAAAAAAAAAAGAAAGAAAAUAUUACAAAAAAAGUAUUAUGUUAAGAAUGAAUAUUAAUAAUCUUAUAAAAAUAUUUUUUUUAUUGGUAAUUUUAUCAAUAGAAAUUGGACAAUCAUUAAUUCCGCUUGACCGUUAUUCGACAAGUUCAAUUCUUAUAGAUAAAAAAUUAUUUUUUUUUGGAGGAGAAACAGUUCAUAAUCUAAAACCGUCAACAACAUUAGAUCAAAUAUUAUAUCUCGAUGUAUCAAAACCAUUUAAUACAGUGAAUCCACCAUUUGAAGAAUUACCAAAUACAAUUCCAUUUGGAAGUUCAUAUGCAAUAGCAUUCCCUAGUUCUCAAAAAAAUGUAAUUUAUUUAUUUGGAGGAAUUACAGUGAAUGUAAAUACUGAUUUAGAUGAUUUUAAAUCAAUUUUACAUUCAUAUAAUUUAGAAACUAAUCAAUGGACCAUACCGACAACAAGUGGAAUUGCACCUGGAAGAAGAAGAGAAAUUAGUGGUGUUAUUAACAAUAACACUGGAAAAUUUUAUGCUUUUGGUGGACUUAGUGAUCAAUUUACUGGAACUCCUAAUAAUACCAUAGCAUUGAAUGAUAUGAAUAUAUUUGAUAUUAAUACUUUAGCUUGGUCAAAAGGCUCUACAAUAAAUGCUCCACUUCCUCGUGCGGACUAUACUGCUACUUUGUUAUCUAAUGGAAUUAUUGUUUUUAUUGGUGGAAGAGAAACUAAUGCUUUUCGUGAUGUUGACAUAAAUCAGCUUGCCCUUUAUGAUACGAAAGUUGACAAGUGGUCAUUAAUGACGGCACGAGGUGUUACUAUGGAAAAUCGUUUUUUACAUUCCGCAGUUCUAACACCAGAUGAAAGAAUAAUUAUUUUUGGUGGACGUAAAGUUCCUAACGAUGAUCCAGUUUUAAAUCAACUUGCUGUAUUAAAUACAAAGAUGACACCUUAUGAAUGGUCAAUUCCACAAGUUCCCGCCAUAGAUAAUAUGCCUUUAACAACUUCUGCACAUUCGGCUACAUUAGUUGGAAAUUAUAUGUUUAUAAAUUUUGGUCAAAUAACUCCAAUUACUAAUCCUCAAAUACAGUUACCAUUUUUUUAUAUUCUUGACAUAAGAAAUUUUACAUGGAUAAUACAAUUCGAACCUGAAAAAUCAACAAUUGAUACUACCAGUGUAAAUAAAUCACCAUCUAACUCAACUAGUAACUCACCUGAUUUACCUGUGGAAAAAUCUGAUAAUGGUAAACAAAUUGGUAUUAUUCUUGGAACUGUCGGUCUCAGUAUUGGUAUUGGCAUUGUUGUUGGAUUUUUAGGUUAUAAAUAUUAUAAAAAACAAAAAUAUAAGCAUGCUAUACCUACUGCUGGGAGUCCAACUAUUUAACCAAAAAUUAUAAAACAAAUAUUUUAAGAUUUUAUACACCCUUCUUCAUAUUCUGAAUGUUUCGAUUCUUCAAAAUAAUAGUAAACGUGCCAUAGAACCCACGGCUGGGGAAAUUCAAAACUAAAAAUACUAAUUGACCUAUAAAUUUUACAUGAAUAGUUAUUUAUAAUAUCAAAGGAUUUUGAUUAAUUUUAUAAUAAAAAAAAAAUGUGUUUAUAGAAAUUAAUUAAUUAUCUAAGGGAUUGAUUUUAGUUAGGACAACAGAAAUUUAAAGUAAGAUUUAUAUUAAAUAAAAUUACUAUAUCU